GAAAUGUCUCUCUCCCCUUGCCACCCCCCUCCGUUGAGUGAUCCGUCUCCGUCAUUGUCAUUCAUUCCGUCAUAGUGUUUACAUUACUGAGACGUCGUAUCAUAUUUUGUAAUUAUAACUUACUACAGUAUAGUUUGUUUAUUGAUAAGAUAAGCUUCACUGCGGACACACACUGAGGUAAUUAACAUUGCUUGUUACGUAAUACAUCUUUCUAUUGCACAUUAUUGUGUCAAUCUGUGUAUGGGAUACAUCAGCCUAUAUAAAAAUGAAUAAUAUUUAUGAUAAUAUGCCUUCCAAUAAAGAAAAUGCAGCUCGGUCUGGAAAGCGCAGAGUGCAACUAGGACCACUGGAUGGGGAAAAUAGUGAAGACUAUAAAAUUCGAAGAAUGAAAAAUAAUGAGGCUGUUAGGAAAAGCCGUGAUAAAUCAAAGAGAAAAACAGAGGAGACACUACAGAAAGUAAACUCCCUAAAGAUGGAAAAUUGUAAGCUCGAAGAAAAGAUUAGAGUUUACAAGAAACAACUGUCCGAUCUAAAAAGUAUAUUCCUAUCUCAUGCAGGAUCUGCAGAAAUUGGGCAAAAAAUUGACUUUGAUGCGCUACUGCAAGACUCAGACUCAGAAACUGAAGUCCAUUUAGCUAAUUGAUAGACUUCUUUAAUAAGAGUUAUGACCUAAGAAGGGUAAAAACAUGUCUAUUACAUGCCUGUAUGUCUCAAACAUAAAGUUAAUUCAAUACAAUCCCCACUAACUACAUUCUUUAUAUUUGAAACAUUAAAAUACAGUUGGAGUUAUUAUUCUGUUUAAUACAUUUAACAUUUUUUUUACAAAAUAUUUUUCAUUGCGAAAUAUAUACAGCUAUGUAGUAAAACUUUCUGUUUUUAAGAAACGAAUAAUAUUAUGACAUUUUAAAACUAACAUACUAGAGGUUAUUUUAUACCAUUUAUCUAGUAAGAGAUGUGACGAUUUUAUUAAUUUAGAUGUGAAGUAAUCUGAAUGUAUUUUUUUAAUGACCCAUAUAUCCUUCUUAUGUGGUAGUCAAUCAGCAGAGAUAUAUAUUUUAUGGAAUAACUUAUCUGAUCAGACUGAAAUUCAGCUUAUUGAAGUAUCUAGAACAUACAAAGGCAUCAUAACUCAUUGUCUGUCAUGUGAUAAAUAUAAGUAUACAAAUAUUGUUUUGUACAUACAGUAUGUAUUUUUUCUAAAAGCAAGUUUUGGAUUAUGUAUCAUUUAAACAAAGUCGAAAAUUAAUUGAUAAUAAAUUUUAUUUAUUCAUAGUGUAAUAUGUGAUAGGUAUAAGCAUAAAAUAUUUUUUUGUAAAUAUGUAUUUUAUGUUUCCUAAAGCUAGUUGAUGUGUAUAUAGCUUAAAUAAAAUGUAAAAAUUGA